AAGAAAGAUACACCACCACACGAACAUAUUUUUACAAAAAUAAGCAAUAUAGAUGUCGAUAAAUUAUCAAACGACGACCCGUUAUGUAUUGGAGUAAUUGAUCUUAGCUCAGAUAAAUAUAAUAUUCCGGAGAGUGAUUACGAAUCUCUCGUUGUACCUACAUAUUUUAUUCCUGAAGUAUCUGCACUCGCAGUAAACAACACUUCGAUAUUACUAGAAAAACGUGAAGUCUGCGCAAAUCCAGGAUGUUAUGGAUGGAUAUGGAAGGAUUGCUCAUAUAAGGAUCUUUAUGCAACAAUUAACGCCAUCGAUGCAUCUGACUAUCAAGCACUUAGUGAUAAUCUUGCUAGUAUGUUUGCACCAGAUAUAGACAGGAAAAUUACUUCAGAAGAUCAGGUUGAUAGCCUCACUGAUGCAUGGUAUCAUGCAAAUUCUGCGAUCUUCAAUGACAAGGGCCAGUGUGUCAAAGAAUAUAUGUUAACCUGGAUAUGCGACAAAUACCAAAAAAAGUCUUCACUUGAAGCUUUAAAAAAGUUACUUGAUAGGCUUCCUAGUAUUCUUAAAGAGCUCAUACCUAAGGAACCAGUUACAGCAUGGGUGGUUAAGCAGGCAUUAAGGUUAGCUAUUAAGAAAGACAUCUCACUCACGGAAAAUUUACUUAAUUCAGUGGCAGACAUUGUGGGAAUGAGUGAUGUAGCUUUCCUUUAUAAUGUCGGAAAUUGUUAA